AUGAUAUAAUUUAUAAUCAUAAUUUUUUUAUUUCUUCGCUUUCUGUCUUUUAAUAGCUCAGUAAUGUCUUUUAAAAUUAUGUAAAUGAGGAUUCUUAACUUGAUAGAAAAAUAGAAUAAGUAUAAAAUGGUUAGCAUUUGUCUGAUAAUACUUUUCUUGCUAGCAACUAGCUUAAAAUAGACUAUAUAAAAUUUUUUUAUUAAGCAAAUUAUUUAUGAAAGUGUUGAAAUUAUGUUUAUCCCUAAAAUUACGUUGCACGCUUGCAAUGGAAAAGACAUUAAUUAUUUCAUGACAUUUAUGUUUUGUGCGAUGUGUUAUAGUUUGAUAGUUACUUCUCCUAUCAAUUGGAUAUUUUCUUCAAUAAUGAUCUUAGAAUUUUUCCUUCCAAAAAUAUUACCUUUGCAUGUAAUUAAAUAAAAUGAAAGUAAAGAGCUAAAAAUGAAAAUUCUUAAUGAGAAUAAGAUUUUACUCAUAUCUUAAAUGCGAACUUUACAGAUUUAUUGCACCUAUAAAAAUUCAUUUGAAUAAAAAAUAAGCAUAUUCCCCUACUAUGUAAGAAAGAUUAAAUACUUUGCAAACAAAGAUUUACUGAUACUAAUUUGCGAUGAUUAGAGAUUUAAAAUAUCAUUACUUUAUUUAACUGUAAAACACUUAAAGAUUUUAAAAAUCUAAGAUAUAAAUGAUAUUAAUUACUAAAGUAGAAUAAAAGUCUUAAACGAAAACCAUUUGGUUUACAGUUAUUAAGAUUCUAUUUAUAAUUAUAAUCUCAGAAAUAGCUAGAGCCAAAGAUUAUUUUAAUGUUCCAAAAUAAUAUUCUAUAAAAUUUAUAAUAAUGAUAAUAUAAUUGUAUUAAGCCAAAAGGGAAAACCUUAUUCCCCAAUAGAUAUACAUUUCCUAGGGUCUAAAUACUGUUUUUGUACAAGUUAAUUUAAAGACAAGUUACUAAACCACCUAAUAGUUGACAAACAUAGUCUUUAAAAUUUAUUGAUUUAACACUAAAAGAAAAAUAUGGCAUUCAAACUAUAAUAGAAUCCUGAAAAUGAUAAAUUUCUGGUACUAUGUUUUUAAAAAAUAACCUAAAUAAUAAACCUUAAUGAUAUAAAUGAUAUAAUAUCUUUAAAAAAUGGAAAAAGUUGUUCUGUAAUUAAAAAUAUAACAAAUUAAUUAAUUAUUUAUAAGAUGAGUAACUAUUACUACUUCUAUUCUGAAAAGUUAAAUUUCCAGAAAUAUUAUCAUUUUUUUAACUUUGCAUAAAUUAAAAGUAUAAAACAUCCUAAUAAAACAAUUAAUAGUUAAGUUUAUGGAAUCAUAAAAGAUUAUAAAAGCUAUAGAUUUGUCAAACUACAACUUUAUAAUGUAUGA